UGCCUUCACACUGUGUACAUAUUUCCGUUCCGACAUGGAUGUCAACUGAGCUCCGGGCAAUACUAUAUUUUUCAUCGAACAGUCACACGUUUUUCUUUUGGGCAGAGUCAAUUUUCAUACACACACGCACACACGCAAAAACACAUGCAAUUAUUUUCAGUACAUAAACCAACGCAAGGAAGAAUCCAAUCCAAAAUUUCGCAAAAAAUCGUAACGUAAACGGAAACGGAACCGGAAAAACGGGUAAUCGCUAGAAACAACAGAAAGUCAACGAGAUAAAAAGAGUUAGCGGUGGGGUAGCAUGAAAAUGAAUCGUACACGCUUCAAUCAUAUGAGGCACGAGCGCGAAAAUGAUGGACUGCCGCAGGUCCUCCAAGUGCCCCUCUCGGUUAGCCCUCAAAUGGGUAAUGCGUUGAACGCACUGCGCAAAACGACAUUCACCAGAACGGAGCUCAUGCAGCGGCCCCCAGUGGCUACUGGCACGAAUCGCUCGAAACGCCUUACGAAUCUGAAUACUGUGAACCGACCGCUGAGCAAUGGAACAACUGCUGCAGCUGAGGUGAAUGCCAAUCGACGCAUGGGCGGCACACGUGGUCACUUUUUGCCGCGCGUGGCUAAGCUGGCGGCCAACAACAAUAGCAAUGUCAACAACAACAAUAGCAACUUUAACAGCAGCAACAUGACAAAGUCGUUAUUGACACGCAGCAAAUCGCCGUUCAAAAAGAAGCCCAAAAGCAGCCAUCAUUUGACCGGCGGCUGUGACCACAGCGUCGAGAAGUCAGUGAAGCCACAACAGCAUCAGCUGUAUCAGCAAAAGCAGAAACAGCUGGAGCUGGAGCUGGAGCUGGAGCAGCCGCUGGAACUGAACAGCAUUGUGGCCGGCAACGGAAUUGUGAAAAACUGCAACAGCAGCAACAGCAGCAGCAGCAGCAGCAGCCUCAUCAGCAGCUGCUGCCUGAGCAACAGCAGCAGCGAGCUGCGCAAGAUCAAGCUGGCCAAGGCGUUCCGUUUGCCGGACGAGCAGAACAAGAGCUUCGUCUAUCUGUGCAAGCCGGUGAAAAAGGUCAAGGAGUUGCUGAUGGUGCGACCAUUGCGCAACAGCGUCGACAAUGUGGACCAGCAGCAGCAACAGCAGCUACAGCUGGCCGAUGAUUGCACCGAUGAGAAUCUCGAUGUGGAGCUCGCUGACAGUGAAUCGUUUAGCUGCUGCAGCAGCGCUCGCCGUCAGCCGGAGCUGGCGGGCGGUAAUCAGUGUGAGCUGGAGACACAGCUGCUGGAUGUGCGCCAGCGGCAGCAGCAGCUGCUGUUGCUGACCGAGCGUGCGCUACGGCCGCAGCCCAUAUCCGACCAGGAACUGGAGCAUGAGCGUGAGCGUGACCGGGAACGGGAACGGGAUCGACAGCAGGAGCAACAACGUCAGCUGCAUCUGGUGCAAAAUUCACAGGCAGAGGAGCAACGCAAACUGGAAAUGGAAAUGGUUUGGCAGAAUAUACCGACGCUGCAGCGCGAAAUCAAACUUCUGCAGCAGCUCGGCGAGAAAUUGGAGGCAACGCUGCGGGCCAACAAUCCGACAACAACGCCGCGUCAGGGCCUCAACAGCUAUGAAUCCAAUAGCAUCUUCUAUACGCCGCGCUCGACGCUCACCCUGAACGGCUACGAGGCGCUGCCUAUUGUCUACUUCGGAUGCCGUCGCGUCGAGCAUUUGGCGGCGAUGUGGCAAUGCGCCCGCAUCAAUUACCAUGCCCGUUGCUUUGGUUGUGUGCGCGAAUAUCGCAUCGAGACGAAGACCCUGACCGAGCUGAAGACCGCCGAUGAGAUGCAGUGCUUCUAUAUGCCGCUGGCCGAGGGCGGCGGACUGCAGCGCACCUCGUUCCGGAUGCUGCGCGAGAAUCCGAAUGUGCUGCUGCAGCAACUGCGGCCAUUGACGCCGGCGCGUCCCUUCAAUUUGCUCGAACAGGAUGCAAUGUUUUUCAAUAGCAUGGUCAGCUAUGGUGAACCGCAGCUGGGCGGCUGCCAAAUGGCGCCGGUCAUGGAUAAGCUGUUGCCGGCCCGAGAAACGGGCGGCGGCAGCGGCGGCAGCAGCCAGCUGCCAUUUGGACAGCUGCCAUUUAGCCUGACGCCCUAUACACGGCUCUCGGUGCGUUCGCCAGGGGUCAAGGAGCCCAUCAAUUGGUCCAGCGCUGAUGUCGAGCGUUUGCUAUUGCCCGCCGUCAAAUGUAAGCCGGCCAACAGUUUGGAACUGAAGCAAAAGCCGGAGCCGGAGUCGGAGCCGAGGGCCAGCUCCUCGCACAGCUCGCUGGGCAAGGUAGCCAGCAUUAAGUGCGCCAAUCUGUCGCGCUGGAAGCGUCCCAAGCCAAAGCCUAUGCAGAUCAUGCUGGCCAAACGGCGCACGUAUCCGCGCCGGGUGGCGCCGCUCAAAUCGAACGGUACGGAGCUGGAGCCAAGGGUCCAGACGCAGCUGCUCAAGACCGUGCUCGUCGGCAUUGUGCAAGUGGCCGUCUUUCUGGUGCUCAUCAUGGCCUUCACCUAUCCGGAUAUACGCUGCUGAGGCACAGACGACCAGCCAGGCGGACAGGCUGUGUGCAGCGGUUUCCAUCUGUGCUCGCACCCAAAUGUAUUUAUCCCAUUUUCAUUUUUUUUUUUCUUCUGUCUUUGCUAUUUUGUGCGAGGGGGUGGCGAAACAAGUGCGCCGGGGUGUGGGGGUGCAAGGGGUGCAGAGGAUGCAGGGGUGUGCAGGGGUGUGCAGGGGUUGCAGGUUGAAGAUUGCGGGUUAUAGAUUGCGGUGUGCGGAGUAUUUAGGUGCGGGCUGGGCUUAUCUCGUCCUCCUGCCCCCGCCCCUUUGGACGUGUGCGCUUUAUUUAUUUUCUGGUUUGUAAUUUGUUUUCCUUAUGUUUAAUAUGUGACUUGAUUUGUCGGUUAGCUACCCACUGAGGGCUAUGGGUCAAAGGUCAAGGGCCGAAUGUUAAUAAAAUUUCAUGUGUAACUGAAGUAUUCACUGUAAA